GAGCCCUGAUGUCCUCCAGUCCUGCAAGAGGCCUGGUGUCCUCCAGUCUUGCAGGACCCCUGGUGUGUUCUGGUCCUGCAGAAGCCCUGGUGUCCUCCGGUCCUGCAGGCAGCCUGGUGUCCUCCAGUCCUGCAGCAGGAGCUCUGGUAUCCUCCGGUCCUGCAGGAGGCAUGGUGUCCUCCGGAGCCCUGGUGGGCUCUGGAGCCCUGGUGUCUUCUGGUCCUGCUGAAGCCCUGGUGAGUUCCGGUCCUGCAGGAGACUUGGGGGCCUCCGGUCCUGCAGGAGCCCUGGUGGGCUGCGUGACCUCUCAGAUCUCUGCCAUCCACCUCACCAGACAGGGUCGGCCCUCGUCGCCCUCUCCGACAGACAAUAAUCCGUCUGGAGACGCCCAGCGCGUCUCCAGGCAGGACGCUGUGAUGCAGGUGGACGGAGCGGAGGAGGAGCUGCCUGACGAGCUGGAGAACGCCUGCAGUGAUGACGAUGAUUCAGACUGUUUGUCCAUCAUCGGCACCUCGUCCACAGCGUCCAUCGCUCUGUCUGGUGUUGAGGAUCAGAUGUCGUUGGGGACAGAAGAUGAGCGAGAGGAGAGGCCGGCUCUGGUUCCCAGUUUGUUCCCAUUCUUUCCUCCCACACUCUACUUCAGCAGCGCCACAGAGAAAGUGGAGCUGCUGCCUGCAGAGCAGAGACGUCUGCUGAAGUGGAAGAUCAGCACCGUCACUCCAAACAUCGUCAAACACACCGUCAGCAGGUCACACUUCAAGGUCACCAAGAAGAGUCACGACUGGCUCGGCUGCUGGGGACACCACAUGAAGUCUCCUGGGUUCAAGGCAAUCGGAGAGCACCAGAAGCUGAAUCACUUCCCGGGGACCUUCCAGAUCGGCAGGAAGGACCGUCUCUGGAGGAACCUGUCCAAGAUGCAGGUCCGCUUCGGCAAACAGGAGUUCAGCUUCUUCCCCCGGACAUUUGUUCUCCCGCAGGACAUCAAGCUGCUGCGCAAAGCCUGGGAGGAUGGAGGGUCCCGCCAGAAGUGGAUCAUCAAACCGCCUGCGUCUGCCAGAGGGCUCGGUAUCCAGGUGAUCCACAGGUGGAGCCAGAUGCCCCGGAAGAGACCGCUGCUGGUCCAGAAGUACCUUCACAAGCCCUACCUCAUCAGCGGGAACAAGUUCGACUUGCGCAUCUACGUCUACGUCACCUCCUACGACCCGCUCCGGGUCUACGUCUACUCUGACGGACUCGUUCGCUUCGCCAGCUGCAAGUAUUCGUCUUCCAUGAAGACUUUGGGAAACAAGUUCAUGCACCUGACCAACUACAGCGUCAACAAGAAGAACUCAGAGUACCAGACCAACAGCGACGACAAGGCCUGCCAGGGACACAAGUGGGCUCUGAAGGCCCUGUGGACGUACCUGGGGGCUAAAGGAGUGAACACCACUCUGAUCUGGGAGAAGAUCAAAGACAUCGUCAUCAAAACCAUCAUCGCCUCGGAGCCGUACGUCAACAGUCUGCUGAAGAUGCAUGUGCGGACGCCGUACAGCUGCCACGAGCUGUUCGGCUUUGACAUUAUGCUGGACGAGAAGCUCAAACCCUGGAUCCUAGAGGUCAACAUCUCCCCCAGCCUGCACUCCAACUCGGCGCUGGACGUGGCCGUUAAAGGUCAGAUGAUCAGGAACCUGCUGAACCUUGCCGGCUUCAGGAUCCCUCAGAAGGAGGACGUGGUUGCUCCCGGCAACAGCAGCAGCAGCGCCUCCAGCUCCACCAGCAGUCUGUGUGGGGGGAUCAGGGAGAAGAUGAAACAUGAUCUGACGGCUGAUGAGAAGGUCAAACGGGCCUUCUACCUCACACAACGCUUCGCUGAGCAGGACUUCCUGUCCACUGUGCUGGACGUGCUGACUCCGGAGGACGUGCGGGUGCUGGCGGAGAGCGAGGACGAGUUCUCUCGUCUGGGACAGUUUGAGCGGAUCUUCCCGUCCCCGGCCUCGUCCCGGUACCUCCGGUUCUUCGAGUGUCCGCGGUACCUGAACCUGCUGCUGGACCAGUGGGAGCAAAGGUUCAGCAGCAGCAGGACCAAAGGUCUCAGUCUGCUGACCCGUCUCUGUGAGAAAGGAGUCCACCUGGGGACCAGCGACCCCGCCCACAUGUGGUCUAAAAGCAGCUACAGACCAGAACCAGAACCUCAGAGACACCAGGUGGAGACCUCCAGACCCAGGGUGGUGGUCACCCAUCAGCGGCGCCCCCGUCUCCAUGGUGAUGAAGAUGAUGAUGAUGAUGAUGAUGAUGAUGGCGGAUCAGACAGAGAAGCUGCGUCCGUCUCCAGUCUGCCGGUCUCUCCCAGUCCUGGAUCCAGUGUGAGCAGCAGCACCUGCUCCAGUCCUCCACCGGGCCUCGGCCAGUCCUCCUCGCUCUGAGACUCCUGGGUCAGUACGCUCCUGGUCCAGGUCUCUGCUGGUCCAGGUCUCUGCUGGUCCAGGUCUCUGCUGGUCCCUGCUGGUCCUCUUCCUGCUCUGAGAACUGAACUCGCUGCACAGAGAAUUACUAACUUUAUUCUCCAGAAACUGUUUGAAUGUUUGAGCUAAACUCAGAGCGACAGGCAUCUAUAUAUAUAUAUAUAUAAAUAUAUAUAUAUAUAUAUAUAUAUAUAUAUAUAUAUUACACUAAAACAACUAAACAGUAUUUGUUUGAUUUAAUUUCCUGCAGAUUAACUUCAGUCAGAAUGUUUCCACUUCUGUUCAUAUUAAAAUCUUCCUGCAGAAACUUGAAACCUGCUGCAGAUCCUGAAUCCUCUCAGCUCCAUUAACAUCACUGUUUGUUUUUAAUGCACUAAUAUUAAAACACAAUUAAUCACAAAUAUGUGAUUAAUUGUGACACACGGGGAGGAAAACAACUCAAUAUUCUAUAUAUAUAGAUUUUUUCAAGUUGUAAAUUCACAAAAAAACAUCUCAAAUCAACAUCUCAAAUAGCCUGAGAGAUUAAAGAAGCACAUUUCUGAGGAAAACAAUAUAUUUUUUUCUGAGAUUAAAGUGGUUAAAGAUAUUGAGGAACACCUCACAGAUAUAUGAGAUAGAACCUCCAAGAUUGAAGUGGUGCAUCUCUGAGAAAUAAUCCUGUGUUUAAGAUUAUAAAGUCGCCAAUUUACAAGAAACUAAACAGAAAGAAUCAUUGAGGAUUCACUUCACAAGGUCUCUGUUCAUUUCUGUUCAGUUUCAUUUAUGAACAGAGCUCCUCACAGCUGCUUUAAUAUAAUAAUCCAGAUGUGAACAUACAGAUGUUAGAGCUGGUAGAAACUUUAUUCUGAUGAGAAUCAGCUCCAGAUGUUGGAGCUUCCUCUUCUCACCAGAUUAAUAACCAGGAACCAGAUAAAACAUGAGGAGGGACGAGGAGCUGGAGAAUAUUAUUAUCAUUAUUAGUUUUACUAGAGAUACAGCAUAGUAUCGUAAUAUUUUGCGUGGCCUCUCCUCCUCCUCCUCGUCCUCCUCCUCCU